UACGUGCUCGCGAGGAUGUGCCUGAAUUCCUCAUCCAGAAGUCUCGUACGUCGCUCUUUGUCAUCGUAAUUCGAUCCCAGCUUCGUGAUCGAUCUCAGGUGACGGCAGAAAAGGACGAUCAAAUUCGCACUGCGAAUAGUAUUGACGUAUGUGACGCGUGAUAAUAAUGCUAUGAUCAGCAGAGGAGAAACGGUGAGAGGUAAAGAAGAAACGAUCAGCAUGAGAUGUUUCGAGAGCUUCUUCAAGCACACCUGGCGACCACAGCAGGUGCAUAAGAUGGAUUCGCCGUCAAGAUUUCAGCUGGCGACGAAGACAGCGGAGGUGCACCGGCACGCUGCCGGUGAAACCACGGAGAUGGGCGAGGUGAAGGUGACCGCGCCGAGCAGCAACGUCGCGACGUCGAUGCCGUCGACGACGCAUCCCAGUGGCAGCGACGCGAUGCCCUGCAAGAACGGCGGCUGCAAGGUCUGGAGGAACAGCCGAGUCAGAGGCAACGAGCCGCACCCCGAGAGUCCUUGGCAUUCGCUCAAAACUGUCUUCCUGAUCUCCGUGAUCGUGGCAUUCCUCCUCUGGAUCAUCAUCUACACCCUGCUGGACCAGUAUCGGAUCUUGUGAUCGGGAUCAUCCUCGCUUUACAAAUCCUGCUGUGUCCUCGCGAUUGCAAAUCGGCGAUGAAUUCUGCGGCCUCGUGAUUUAUGGGUGAUUUAUCAGAGCUUGAUGGCGAUCUCGCUGGUGUUGAGAUCGCGAUUUAUGAUCGGAUCCAUAUGACUUCGUGUUCUCCAUUAUAAUCGCUAGUUUGCGGUUCUGUGACUUCCCAAGUAAACCACAUAGUAAGAACGAUUUUACUGAGGUAUCUAAAUAUUUAGUUACUCUCUAAAACUUUUGGAGCAAACCUC